AUGUUCACUCGACGCUCCACGUCCUCAUUACUCGCCGUCGUCAGUCGUCACCGCAGCUUCGCCUCCAAACCCACUUACGAACACAUCCAAACCGAAAUCUGCGACAACGUUGCGCUCAUCACGCUCCACCGUCCACACGCACUUAACGCGCUCUGCAACGCGCUCUUCCAAGAGCUCAACGGCGCCGCCCACGCCUUCGACGCCGACAACCGCAUCGGCGCCAUCGUCCUCACGGGCAGCGCCAAGGCGUUCGCAGCCGGCGCCGACAUCAAGGAAAUGGCGUCCAAGUCCUUUGUCGACGUCUACCGCAGCAACAUGUUCGCCAACUGGGGCGACAUCACGACCAUUUCAAAGCCCGUGAUCGCCGCAGUCAAUGGCUACGCACUGGGCGGCGGCUGCGAGCUCGCGAUGCUCUGCGACCUCAUCAUCGCCGGCGACACGGCCAAGUUCGGCCAGCCGGAGAUCACGCUAGGUACGAUUCCAGGCGGUGGCGGGACCCAGCGGCUGAUUCGCGCGGUGGGCAAGUCCAAGGCCAUGGACAUGAUUCUAACGGGCAAGAUGAUUGACGCCCAGCAAGCGGAGCGCGACGGGCUCGUGGCGCGCGUCGUGCCGGCUGAAGAGCUCCUGGAUGAAGCGCUGAAGCUGGCGAAACAGAUUGCUGGCUUCUCGCAGCCUGUGGUCAAGAUGGCGAAAGAAGCGGUAAAUGCCGCGUACGAGCAGUCGCUGCAGGAAGGCGUCAAGUACGAGAGCCGUCUCUUUUGGAGCUCGUUUGCGACCAAGGACCAGAAAGAAGGCAUGGCGGCGUUCGUUGAGAAGCGCAAGGCCGAGUUCAAGCACGAGUAA